UGAGCACAGCAGCCACAGCCGGAGCGACGCUGUCAGCACCGGUGUGUAGAAUAAAAAGGUAAUCUAAAGACAUGUCCAUAAUCCUUCCAAAGGAGCGGGUUGUCAGUUUUUAUUGUUGUUUACAGUUUGGCCAAAUUAAGACACUUUCCUUGGCUGAGUCCUCGUGAUCGUUUGUGUUUUUCCUCCAACUCUUGGAUAACUAUGUGAGCUCAUGCUAGCUCUAUCAACAAUCACCCAGGCUGAGUGUGAGCAGCGGCAGCAGCAGCGGAGCCACUGAGCCGACGAGCAGUUCCCACAGCUCCGUAUGGAUUUGACGUCGGCACACAUUGUUGCUUGAUGUUUCACAAAGGGUCGAUUACCGGUGAUUACGAAGAUGGGGGAGCCUUGUGACCUUAAGCACUUGGUAAAGUGUGGCGUCACUUUGGAGGGCUCAUUUCUCUGAUUUGGAUAAUUCUUGGCCAGCAGCCUCUUCAGGCCUACUAAUCCUAGACGAGUUUCUCAAUGGACACUCUGCUCAAGUCAGAAAUCAGAGAGGAGGGGAGUAGUGCUUCGGUAACGGUGGAGGGCCUGUCCAAGGCAGCCCUAAUAAAAAGCUUGUCUCCUAGAGUCAUGCUGUCCAACCAUCUCUUGCCUAAAGGGACAAAGAUGAAGGUCAACCUAGAGGAUCAGGGUCGUCAGAAAGUGUCCUUCAGCUUCGCGACACCCAAGAAGCCAAUGCAGAGCCCAUUCUUCAUUCCUGCUAGCCCUGAGAAGUCUGUUUCUGAACCUAACGCUGCCUUGUCACAGUCAGCCUCAGACAAAGGAGGACAAAAUACAGACAGCAAACCUGAGAAAAAGCAGACACCCAUGGUGCCAACAUCAAUAGCAGAGACACUUCCUCAAACACCAGUCACCUCAGCUACUAAACCGAAAACGGAUUUAGCACAGAUGCAUUUCAAGAAACAAAUUCUCAGUGUAUCUGUGACUGAAGAGAAACCAACAUCUGUUGUGCCAGAGGAGCCACAGUCCCCUGAACCACAGGUUCUGCAGAAAUCAACAAGUAAGAGUGAAACCGAAUUCCCAACACCUCCGCCUCAGAAUGUCGCCAGAGUCUGCCUCUCGGAGAAUCCUCAUGUUGAAGCUGCUGAGACAAGGGUAACGUCUAGCCUUAAGAAACCCGCUGUGUCCUCAGGAAAAGAUGGAGAGAGUUCCAGCAGUACUGAGCAGGAUAAUAAGGUAUAUAAAAGGAAAACCAUGUCCCAAUCUGAUAGUGUUCCCCCUGGCUCAGAAUCUGAUGGAGAUUCAGUCCAGAUGUCUUCCAGCCACAAAACAGUUGACUCCAAAAGUAAAACAAGCUCGGACAGCAGAAGCAAAGCAGUAAAAAAGUCUUCCUCUGGUUCACACGUGGAGGAAAAGGAAAAAAGUUCCUCUAAGCGGACAGAGAAUCAUGAAAGGUCUUCUAGUUACUCCAAAUUGGACCGUGAUUCUAGACACACGUCAUCGCGCUCAUCUCGAUCCGACAAAGAUCGCAGAAGGUCCAGGUCUAGAUCCCGGUCUAGAUCAAGAGGGUCACGAACAAGUUCAUCUCACUCCAGAGCAGAGAGAUCCAGAGGUGACAGAGGAUCACGCUCUGAAAGGUCAUACUAUCAUGAUUCUGAUCGCAGAUCACACAGGAGUUCUCCGCGCAGAGACAGAAGACGUUCUCGUUCUCGCACUGACAGAACUCGGGACAGUUCUGAUUCUGAAGAUGACCAUAGGAAGACACGAACAAGGACAAGUGACUCUAGUAGAUCAUCCACCCAUUCAAACUCCCAUAAAGAGUCGAAAUCCUCUUCUUACUCAAAAUCUGAGAGAGCCACUAAAUCUGUAGAUUCUCCUCAUUCUUCAGAGUUGGAUAAAAGAACACAAUCGUCAAAGUCUGAAAGGACUUCAAAGCGGCUAUCAGACUCUGAUUCACAGCGCAAGUGCUCUCCUGAUCUGGAAUCAAGUUACCGAAAGUCUAGCACCCAUCAGAAAUCAGAGACCAACAGCAAAUCCUCUUCUUCCAGUCAGCAUAUCCACUCUCAAACAUAUGAAAAACGCCACAAAAGCAGCUUGAGUGACUCUGAGGCAGAUCAUAAGGGAAAAUCACAGGCCCCUGACAAAAGCUCUGGCUCUGAGGAUAACUGUAAAAACUCCCUGAAUAAAACUAGUAGACCAGACUUGAAUCAGAAGACCCCCUCUAGAGCUUCUGUGAAAACUACUGGACAUGAUAGACAAUCAAAUGACAUAUUUCACAGCCCCAGCAAAGCACUGACAUGUGCAGCCACCAUAGAAUCGUAUUCUCAUAGUGAACAGGACUCUGAAUCCCAAUUAAAUGAUACAAACCAGAGAAAUGAACAAGGUAAUCAGGAUGUUCUUGAAAUGGUCACAUGCACUGACAAGAGUUUGCAAGAGUCAUUAUCCAACAGAUCAAAUGAAACAAAAUCAGGUCUUGAAGUAGAGAAUAAAAAUGCAACUCUAAGCUCAAGUGAAAGCCUGAAGCAGGUAAAAGUUGCCUUAGAAAACUUGACUAAUUCUCAAAAUAGACCACACGAGAACUCAAAUGCAUCGGUCCUAAAUUCAUGCAGUAGUAUUGAUAGCAUUAUGUGCAGCCAGGACAUGGAAGUUGUUGAAUAUUCUUUAGGGCCAAAGUCCUUACUUGAUACAGUGGAAAGAACUGUCACACAUGAUGCCCAACAGAACACUAAACCAGAGAUUGUAGAGAUGAAGCAAGUUUUGACUGACAGUGAGCAGUCUGGCACAAGUUCGCCACUCAAAUCUGAUUUAUCAUGUCUCGAAUCUGAGAAUCAGCUGACAUGUGGCCAGCAAAAUACAGAUAUAGUUAAAAAGAACAGCAUUUCCACCAAAAAGUCUCGAUGGGAUAUUGUUGGGCAGGACACCUCAGAGAGUGACACUUCACAGAGGACACUUUGUGCAGAGAGUAAGCCUACUGUUAAAAAAGUGAUCUCCGUCAAAAAAAUUGAGUUUUCUAAAGAAAAUAGCCAACAAGACUCUGACAAUACUGUGCAAGAAGCUGAAACACAUUCCAAACUGGUGAAACAGACCGAGCUCCCUAAGCAGGAAGUAGGCUCAGACAGCGCAUCUAAGACUGACAAAUGCAAAGACCAAAGUGAACCUUCAUUAGCAAGCACCAGCAUUGACCACUGUGACUUAAAACUGACUAUUUCUCAAAAAACAAACACAGAUGAGCCCCUGCACACAAAUGAUGCAUCACGGGCCGACAAAGCUGCAAAGAUGCAGAGUUGGAACGGUGAUGAUUGUGAAGAAAAAUCAGAGAGCAGUGCUCAUAAGAGAACGUCUCUCAGUCAGGAUCCAUUAGGAGGACAGAGCGAGGCAAGUGAUAGUGACAACUCAGAGUAUGACUCUGAUUGUGGAGAGGCGAUAAAACGAUUGCACUCAGUGGUGGUGGUGCCAAAGAAUUCUUCCCUCACAAUGGACACGCAGGACACUGGAGCUUCCCUGUGCAGUCCAAUUAAUAAUUCAGAUCUCCAGAAUGCUCAUAUAGCAGCUGGUUUGAAUAUUGAAGUCAAAAACUGUCCUCCAAUUGCAUUUGGGAAAACUAGAGCAGGUGUAAGUGAUUCAUCCAAUGCAAGUAUGUUUUUUCAAUCCCAGAGUAAUAUGAUUGAUAGUACUAGUCACUCAGAGGGUUCUAGCUCUGUUGGUGUCCAGCCUUACACAACUGGUCAUAUCAGUGCCCAUGGAAGUGCCACAGAUCCUGCCCACAGCCUUGAUAAUUCCAGACAUUGUGAACAAGGACACAAACAGCAUAACGUAAGCAGAAGAGGUGAGAGGAUGUACUCCCAUUACCAACAUGAUGAUUUCUCCAACGCUGAUAACAUCAAUGACAAGCAUGGAUUCAGCCUGGGUUGGGAUUUCACGCAACCAGAACAGCCCAGUAGUACAUACCAGCAGCCAGACAGCAGUCAUGAGCCACAGUUACUAAACACUAAACCGACAGAAACCUUUCCCAAGGGACAGGAACACAAGGAGAGUAAUGCCUCCUGGAACCACCAAGCCCCAAACAUGCAGACUAGCAGAGAAUCCUACCUCCAUGCGCAUGAACAUUAUCAGGAUCCUGCAGGUGAAAUCCAUCCAGACUCUCUCACUAAUGACCACGAAGACUACAGUGGUGAUAAACUAGCAGCUGUUGAAUGCAUUGGACCUAACACUCCUGGGUCAUCAAGCUUUGUGCAAGGUCAUGAAAUAAGCAGCAACAGCAGGGGCUCUGCUGUGCCCGAUCCCCCAAGAGAAGACAAUUUCAGGCCCCACAGAGGCAGGGGUCCUCCCAAGAAAAGGCGACAAGAGAUCGAGUCUGAUUCGGAUAAUGAAGCAGAAGCUGGGCCUGCAGUCAAGAGGGAGCGUCAAGGAGAUACUGAUGUCUCUAAGGAAACCAUUGUCAAAACUGAGGCGAACCGACCAUCACUCAAUCUGCAGGACUUUCAAGACUCCAAUAAAUGGAAAGACUUUUCCAGGUCUAAAAAGAUGCCGCCCUAUUUCGACUUGAUUGAGGAGAAUCUGUACCUAACUGAGAGAAAGAAGAGCAAAUCUCAUCGAGAUAUAAAGAGAAUGCAAUGUGAGUGCCCAAUGCUGUCUAGAGAGGAGCGUUCAAGGGGAGUAUUGGCAUGUGGGGAAGACUGUUUAAACCGACUGUUGAUGAUUGAGUGUUCGUCACGAUGCCUAAAUGGAAUGUACUGCUCCAAUCGACGCUUUCAAAUGAAACAGCAUGCAGACUUUGAGGUUAUCCUCACAGAGGACAAAGGCUGGGGACUACGGGCAGCUAAAGACUUGACUACUAACACCUUUGUACUGGAAUACUGUGGGGAAGUGUUGGACCACAAGGAGUUCAAGACAAGGGUGAAAGAAUACGCUCGCAACAAGAACAUCCACUACUAUUUCAUGUCUCUAAAGAAUAAUGAGAUCAUUGACGCCACGCUGAAGGGUAAUUGCUCUCGGUUUAUGAACCACAGCUGCGAGCCCAACUGUGAAACCCAAAAGUGGACGGUCAAUGGCCAGCUUAGAGUUGGGUUCUUCACCACCAAGGCAGUCCCUGAAGGAACUGAACUGACCUUUGAUUACCAGUUUCAGAGAUAUGGCAAAGAAGCACAGAAAUGCUUCUGUGGAGCGCCCAGCUGCAGAGGCUUCCUGGGUGGAGAGAACAGGGUUAGUGUUCGAGCAGCUGGAGGGAGGAUGAAGAAAGACCGCAGUCGAAAGAACGCUCUCACCACGGUUGAUGAGGAACUGGAGGCGUUACUGGAGAAUGGAGAAGGCCUGUAUGAUGAGAAACAGGUGGUGUCCCUCUGCAGACUCAUGGUUCGAGUGGAAAACAUGGAGCAGAAACUCAUCUGUCUAAAGCUCAUACAAGAUACUCAAAAUCCGUCAUGCCUGAAGCAGUUCCUAGACCACCAUGGCCUGUCUUUGCUGUGGAUUUUCAUGGUGGAGCUUUCUGAAGCGAAGGGCAACAGUGCCAACAACAUCAAACUGCAGUUAGAGAUCAUGAAGACCUUGGCUGUGCUACCAAUCUCUACUAAGAACAUGUUGGAAGAGAGCAGAGUCCUGACCUUCAUUCAGCGAUGGGCCCAGUCAAAAACUCUGCCUCAGCCUGCUGAGAUGGAUGGCUACUCUAGUGAGAACACCUCCCGUGCUCAAACACCUCUCAACACCCCUGAUGGUUCCUCUGCUAAACUGGGACCAGAAUUGGAUGGUGACACCUCCAAACCAGCUGUGUACCCCCGCCUUAAAAUAAUCAGUGAAAACAGUCUGGACAGCGCACUCUCUGACGCUAGCAAAGCAUCUGAUGGGAAGGAGGAAGAGGAGGAGGAGGAUGAUGAGGAAGAAGAUGAAUCCUCACAUGGAGGAGUUCCUGAUGAGAAACAGUUGAAGGCAGAGCCAGUGGGUGGUGCUGCAGAUCCAACAAAAGAAGCAACUGAAGAAUCAGUCAAAGAGGUCAAAGAGGAGACACAGGAAGAGUUGGGAAUGAGCUCAAGCAGUCAACACCAACCUCAGGCAGAGGAAGUUAAAGACAAAAUGGAGUUGGAUUUGGAGAAGAAGGACAUUGAGAUGAAAGAGGACACAAGUGACAGCCUGAAGGAUGAGCCCGAGGGGCCAAAAGAGCUUAGUGAAGAACAGGAGAAUGGGGAGGAGCAGGCCAGUCAGGUGGUGUCAGAAAAGGCUGAAUUGGAAGGAGACGAGCCCACUGUGAAAGUUCAUGAGCCAGAGAGUCCGUCUGUCCAAAAAGAUAUUACUGAUAUUGCAUCUGAACAGCCUUCAGAGCAGAUGGAAGUCCAGUCAGAGACACAGGAGGCUGAAAAACCUCCUCCUGACUGUGGAAUACAGCCUGGUGAAUCUGCUACUGAAGCUCCCCCUAGCUCUGAGACCCCAGAGGCCAGUAUGCCCUCUGUGGUCAGUAUGCCGUCUGAGGUCCCAGCAGCCCCUGUGGACCCAUCAGUGAUAGGAACUCCCUCUCAGGAUGAAGAGGAAGGUGUCUCAGAUGUUGAGAGUGAGAGGAGUCAGGAGCCCCAACUCAGUGCUUUGGACAUUACUGGCAUGGCUGCCCGGCUUCUGGAAAGCUGGAAGGAUCUGAAGGAGGUGUACAGAAUACCGAAGAAGAGUCAGGUGGAAAAGGAGGCAAAUGACCGCAGCCGAGAUCGAGACACCGCUUUAACACCACGCGCCACUUCUGGUAGCAGAGAACGUGAAAGGGAGAGAGAGAAGGAGAGGGAACGUGACAGAGACCGAGAUUAUGACAGAGACAGGGAUCGAGACAGGGAUCGAGACAGGGAUCGAGACAGGGAUCGAGAAAGAGAUCGAGACAGAGAUCGAGAUUGGGAUAGAGAAAGAGACCGGGAUCGUGAUCGAGCCUCUGACAAAACUCCACGCAGUACUGAGAGACGGAGGAGACGCUCCACAUCUCCGCCACCUUCAUCCUAUGAGAGGAGCAGCCGACGCACUGAGGAACGGUUUGACCCAUCAAACAGCAACAAGACACCAAGGGGAGUUGGUGGCAAGGAGCGCAACAAGCUGUCCACAGAGGAACGCAGAAAGCUGUUUGAGCAGGAAGUUGCUCAGCGGGAAGCCCAGAAACAGCUUCAACAGCAGCAGCAGCAGCAGCAGCAGCUCCAAACUAUGGCUUAUGACCCUGCGCUGGCCUACGGCUCCAGCCCUGGUUUCAUCACCUACCCUCCUGGGUAUCCCAUCCAGACGUUUGUGGAUCCCUCCAACCCCAAUGCAGGAAAAGUACUGCUACCUACUCCGGCUGUAGAGCCCACCCUGAACUAUGAACAGACCCCUCCCCAGCGUCCUAUAUCUGACCUCAGAAUGCCCUCUCCAUCCUCCACUUCCCAGGCCACUCCAGUUUCCAGCAUCUCCCAGCACAUCACCACCACCAACCUCGCCGCUGGCAACCCCCAGCAGUACGCCCAGCCCACUGUAGCAGCCCAGGACGCAGGUGUAGCUGUCCUAUCUGUACCUGCCCAGACAGCUCCUCAGGUACAGAGCCAGCAGAGUUACACCACUCUCUGGGACCCCACUACUCAGCAGGCAGUGACUGUGCAGACCCAGCCAGCACAGCAGUAUGCUGCACCCCCGGCACCGGCUCAGACGCAAACGGCCAUCUAUUACCAGGGUCAGCCAUGCCAAACCAUCUACAGCAUCCCCACCGCUUACCCUCAGGCCAACACUCCCGUCAUACAGGCGUACACUGAGCCCACAGCCAGCUAUCUGCACGGCCAGCCUGUGUAUCCGGGUCAUCAGCAGGGAGUGGUGGUGCAGCAGGGAGGCACCGUCACCACCAUUGUCACAUCCCAAACUGUCCAGCAGGAAAUGAUUGUACCCAACAAUGUGAUAGACCUGCCUCCACCCUCUCCCCCCAAACCUAAAACUAUCGUCCUACCUCCCCACUGGAAAGUGGCACGGGACCCUGAAGGAAAGAUCUACUACUAUCAUAUUGCCACAAGGCAAACACAGUGGGACCCUCCACCCUCCUGGGAUGGAAAUAGUGACAACACUAGUGUGGACCAUGAAUCUGAGAUGGACCUGGGAACACCCACGUAUGAUGAGAAUCCUUCCAAGUUCUCCACAAAGACAGCUGAAGCAGACACUUCCAGUGAACUGGCAAAGAAGAGUAAAGAGACAUUUCGCAAAGAUAUGUCCCAGUUCAUUGUGCAGUGUUUAAAUCCUUAUCGGAAACCAGAUUGCAAACUGGGUCGCAUCAGCAACACAGAAGACUUCAAACACCUGGCUAGAAAGCUUACUCAUGGUGUUAUGAACAAGGAGUUGAAAGCUUGCAAUAAUCCUGAGGACCUUGAGUGUAACGAGAACGUGAAGCACAAGACCAAGGAGUACAUCAAGAAGUACAUGCAGAGAUUUGGCUCUGUGUACAGGCCCAAGGAGGACACAGAGGUGUACUAGCCUCCAGAGGCUGCAGACGUUUCACUCCACUCUUAACACAGGAGAAGCACAGAUAUGCCUUUUCCAUUCACUCCUUCGUGUAUGAACUGGCCAACCUGAACCGUGAAGUAGUUUCUUACGCAUAUUUAUGACUUAAAUUAUGCACUGCUGCCCAAGAAGCUCUCCAGGCCCCAUGGAUCACGUAGGAGCCCAAUGAAUUCUCACUGUCGGAGACUCAAGUGUCGCUGAACGAGCCGAGACUCCGGGCGCAGUGUUCUCGAAGGACGACACUGAGGGGUGCUAAAGAGACUAAUGUUUUCACUGACUGUUUGUUUUUUAGCAUUUUUGUUUUUUUCCAUUUGUGGCUCUUAAAUGUUCCCAAGAUGAUCACCUUAAUUCCACUUUUUAAACUCGUAUAGCCCUGAGUGAGGAUUAACUCGACAGAAUCUGCUUUGGUAUGAUAUUUAUCAAAGUUUCUUUACUUUCCACUAUUUCAAACGGAUCAAUGACAGAACAGUCCAGUCCCACCUCUUUGUUUUUCUUGUGCACGCUUUCAACCCCCCUGCCACUGAUUCUGUAUCUGGUGCUGCUUUUUAACUGGACUGUGGAGGUCCAAGCUUCCACUCCUCAAACCCUGCCUUCUAACCACAAGACUUUGGAGCCUCCGUCAUUUUAUGAAUGCAUGAUGUAGGCUGAGGUUAGAGUGGUAUCCUUAUGGAAAUUCCUACAUUUUCCAUGUCUCCUGCUACAUGUACUGGGAUGAGCUUUUUACUCACAAUACACUUAGGGAUCUCAGUGAACAGCAGGUGGGCUGUUAGCAGUUAGUGAUCAAUAUUUCCAUGUCUUUUUUAUGAAUUUAUGUAUAAUAACGGGAGCAGGGUUUGAAUGCUAUGUUUGAUGUGCUGUUUAGCUGUGUAUCAGCCCCGCCACCCCCACUUCCUGUUCAACCCCUCCUCCCAGUUUGUUCCGCCCUCGUUUCCUCUUACAGGAAUGACGCUGAAGAUUAAAGUUGUAGCAUUGCAGUUUUAACAGUUUCUUAACAUCUUGUGUGUUCUGGCUCUCUUUAUUUUAAAUCACUGUUAGUCCGACUUAGACAUUCUAGACCGGCCACAAACUCAUUCAUUUCCAAGAUUUUUCCUGGUGUCAAAUUAGUUUCAAUAGCAUUAGGUUGCCAAUUUGUUUUAGCCUAUGAAAUUGCAUUAAACAGAGUUCCAACAUAUGUACAUUGCUUUAUAUGUGAAUAUAUUGAAUAGUAGUUUUUGGGAAUGUUUAAAUAAGCAAACAUUUUGUAAAAGGACUAUCAUUUCAUGGUUUAAAGUGUAAAUACCUGUAAAAUUACCAAAGCUGCACGCAGGAGAGCAGGGUCAGGGAGCACAGUGAAGCCCACCCAUCCUCACCAGCUCAACCCUCCUGAUGCAGUUCCCCUAUCAGUUUGUCAAACUUAAAACCCCACUGACUCACGCUCUAUUUUAUUUCAGUGUUGGGGGAGACUUUCAUGUGUUUGUUUUUGUUUAUUAUUAUUUUUCUAUGUACAAAGUAAGUUUCACCCUACUCUACUGUAAGUAUUGUGUAAGCACAUUGUCAUACUGAGUGUACAAACAUUUUAAAAAAGUAAUAAACUUUUUUUGUAAAAUGA